AUGCGACACCGUCUUCUCCGCUGGAAGCGUGCCCUGUGCGGCGUCUGCGUGCUGAGCGCAGUGCUGGACAGCCCAACCUUACUUGGGUUCGCCGCCCUCCGUCCACGCAAUGCUGGCACAAGAGUGCAAGUCCAUGCCACCAGCGGCUCAGAGGACGAAGUGUGGAAGGCCGCAUAUGAUGCGGAAAUGGACCGCAACGAGCUCCUUCAGGAGCAGCUGCGUAGCCUUGACAUAGAUGGUGCCUCGGAGAUGCCAGAGGCGUGUGCAGUGGACUGGAAAGACAGCUAUGAGAAGCUGGCUGCCUGCAACGCAGAACUGGAGGAGGCCCUGCGUAGCGGUGGAGGCCUGCAGGCAGGCGGCCGCAGCACGCAACAGGUGCAACAAGCUGCUGCGAUGAAGCCCCUGGUCUUCGAGAUACCACUACCGCAGCAGGGAACCGAGAGGUUGGAACUUGUGCGAUACUUCACCGAUGGCCGUGAGGUCGCCUUCUACAUGAUUCGAGCUUGCCUUCCGCUUGGGCUGCAGCUGACAAAGUGCAACAGCGGACCACUGAAGGGAGCCUUCUUGGUGGAGGAUGUGUUGGAAGGCGGUGCAGCCUCCAAGGGUGGCGUGGUAUUGCCAGGCGACAUCCUGCACGCAGUGACAGUCGUGAUGGAUAGGGCGAACCUGGGCAUCAAGACCGAAGACUUCGUCUCCAACAUCGUCGGUGGCCUUGGGCGAUGGAGGCAAACAAUCCUUGACACAUCCUUUAUCAACACCGUCGAAGACCUCGUGGCACAGAUGCAGUCUAACAAUGCGAUGGGCACGGAUACGGAGCUUGUCCUGGUUUUUGAACGAGACCUUUCCGAAUCCCCGCAGCCUGCCGACGCUAUGGAACCGGUCGCUUCAGACGAGUAG